AUGGUGUUGAUGAAGGUAAAGUUUGACUUGCCGAAGCGGGUGAAGCUUGCUCAGGGCCUGUGGCUCGUGUACUGGCUAGCAGUGAUGACCGGCAUUCUGGUCUUCAGUCUGGGGCUGUUCUUUAAGAUCGAGCUCCGGAAGAGGAGUGAGAUGAUGGACAACAACGAGAGCCAUUUUGUGCCCAACCUGUUGAUUCUAGUUGGCCUAGCUGCUUGCGGGGUAAACGUUUUUGGCGGCAAGGUGUGCCACGACUCUCUGGAUGCUUUGAAGUUCGCCAAGUGGAAGCCCAUGGUCAAGGGCUACCUGAUGGGCUGCUUCGGUUUCAACAUCCUCCUGUUCUUCACAGCUCUGCUGUGCUUCUGCAUGCAGUUCCAGUUGUACUUUUCCCUGGCUGAGGGUCUGAAGAAUGGGAUAAAAUACUACAAGGAUACGGACACACCUGGACGCUGCUUCAUGAAGAGGACGCUGGACAUGACCCAGAUUGAGUUCCGCUGCUGUGGCAACAACAACUAUAGGGAUUGGUUUGAAGUCCAGUGGAUCAGCAACCGCUAUCUGGACUUCAGCAACGAUGAAGUCAAAGACCGUGUCCUGAGCAACGUGGAGGGGAAGUUUCUGAUGGAGAGUGUACCGUUCAGCUGCUGCAACCCCGGCUCCCCCAGACCCUGUAUCCAGCACCAACUGACCAACAACUCAGCCCACUAUGACUACGACCACCACACCGAGGAGCUCAACAUCUGGACCCGGGGCUGCCGCGAGUCCCUGGUCGCCUACUACGGAGGCAUGAUGAACAGCAUCGGGGGCCUGAUGCUACUGUACAUCAUAUUGGAGGCAGGAGUGAUGGUGGGCUUACAGUACCUGACCACUUCUCUGGAGACUAUGGCCGAUCCAGAGAACCCGGAGAGUGAGAGCGAGGGCUGGCUCCUGGAGAAGAGUGUGAAGGAGACGGUGGCAGACGUCAUAGCAAAGAUCAAGGGCCUGGUCGGUGCAGGGAACCAUGUGGGGGAGGUUGAGGGGGUGGCCACUGUGAGUUGAAAGGGUCUCACCCAAAGGGACUAUCGACGGGAGCUCAAAGAGAAAUAGAAGGAGUGAGAGGAGAGACAUCUUCUCAGUGAAACAACACACAUAUUCAAACAUACACACACAGACAUAUCAAUGGACACAUGCACACACCCUAUGAAAAGUGAACAACUAAACCAACUCCUCACAUGAAGGGAGAACCAAACUCAAAAAUGUGAAUGUACAGAUGACGUCGGAAGUUUACAUACCCCUUAGCCAAAUACUAGUAAUUUGGCUAAGGUGUACGUAAAAAAAAAAAUAUAUAUAUAUAUAUCCCUCUCUUAGGUCAGUUAGGAUCACCACUUUAAUUUAAGAGUGUAAAAUGUCAGAAUAAUAGCAGAGAGAAUGAUUUAUUUCAGCUUUUAUUUCUUUCCCAGUGGGUCAGAAGUUUACAUAUACUCAAUUAGUAUUUGGUAGCAUUGCCUUUUAAUUGUUUAACUUGGGUCAAAUGUUUCGGGUAGCCUUCCAGAAGCUUCCCACAAUAAGUUGGGUGAAUUUUGGCCCAUUCCUCCUGACAGAGCUGGUGUAACUGAGUCAGGUUUGUAGGCCUCCUUGCUCACACACACUUUUUCAGUUCUGCCCACACAUUUUCUAUGGGAUUGAGGUCAGGGCUUUGUAAUGGCCACUCCAAUAGCUUGACUUUGUUGUCCUGAAGCC